AGGAGGAGGAGGUGGUGGAGGUGGUGGUCCCGGUGCCAAGCCGCGGGCCCCGCCGCUCCGGGCGCCCUCCGCUGGCGGGCCCUAUGAGUGUGUCGCUGGUGGUGCUGCGCCUCGAGCUGGCCGAGAGCUCGCCCCUGCCCGGCGGAUUCCCCUACAGCGCGGCCGCCACUGAAAUGUCUGAUGAGGAAAUCCAGGAGAAAUCACUAGCCGUCGCCACAGCCUCCUUGGAAGGAAAAGCGGCUGUGGAAAGAGCUUCCUUGAUUCACCAGCACAUUGGUCGCAGAGAGAUGACAGAUAUGAUCAUUGAGACCCUCAAGCCUGAUACAGCAGAUGAAGUGAAAGUGGCAAUGGAAAAAGGCAAAGCUUCCGAGACCUCCUCUGCAGAGGACCGAGGCAAACACGAGGGCCAAAGCACUAGCCUUGGGACUAUGCUGGACUCCCCUUCCAAGCAGCUGCCAGACCAGAUUUCUUUCUUUAGUGGCAACCCGUCUGUUGAAAUAGUCCAUGGCAUCAUGCAUCUCUACAAGACAAACAAGAUGACCUCCUUGAAGGAAGACGUGCGUCGCAGUGCCAUGCUGUGUAUUCUCACAGUUCCUGCCACCAUGACCAGCCACGACCUCAUGAAGUUUGUGGCUUCAUUCUACGAUGUCAUUGAGCACAUGAAGAUCAUCCGAGACUCCACCCCAAACCAAUACAUGGCCCUGAUCAAGUUUAGCACACAGGCUGAUGCGGAUAGCUUUUAUAUAGCUUGCAAUGGCCGGCAAUUUAACUCCAUAGAAGAGGAUGUUUGUCAGCUGGUCUAUGUGGAGAGGGCAGAAGUCUUCAAGUCAGAAGAUGGGGCCAGUCUUCCUGUCAUGGACCUAACCGAGCUUCCAAAGUGCACUGUCUGCUUGGAGCGAAUGGAUGAGUCUGUCAACGGCAUUCUUACGACGCUUUGCAACCACAGCUUCCAUAGCCAAUGUCUGCAGCGUUGGGAGGACACCACGUGUCCUGUGUGCCGGUAUUGCCAGACACCUGAACCUGUUGAGGAGAACAAGUGCUUUGAGUGUGGUGUCCAAGAAAAUCUAUGGAUCUGCCUGAUCUGUGGGCACAUUGGCUGCGGGCGCUACGUGAGUCGGCAUGCCUACAAGCACUUUGAAGAGACUCAACACACCUAUGCCAUGCAGCUGACCAACCACCGGGUCUGGGACUAUGCAGGAGACAAUUACGUCCACCGGCUGGUGGCCAGCAAGACCGAUGGAAAGCUAGUCCAGUAUGAGUGCGAGGGGGAGGUGUGCCAGGAGGAGAAGAUCGAUGCCUUGCAGCUAGAGUACUCGUACUUGCUGACAAGUCAGUUGGAGUCCCAGCGUAUCUACUGGGAGAACAAGAUUGUCCGAAUAGAGAAGGAUACCGCCGAAGAGAUUAACAACAUGAAGUCUAAAUUUAAAGAGACCAUUGAGAAAUGUGAUUCACUGGAACAGAGACUGAAUGACCUACUCAAAGAGAAGCAGUCUCUGGAAAGAAAGUGCACCCAGCUGAGUGCCAAGGUGUGCAAGCUCACCACGGAGCUGAAGGAGGAGCAGGAGAUGAACAAGUGUUUGCGCGCCAACCAGCUCUUGCUUCAGAACAAGCUGAAGGAGGAGGAGAAGCUGCUCAAGGAGACCUGUGAGCAGAAGGACCUGCAGAUUACCGAGAUCCAGGAACAGCUCCGGGAUGUCAUGUUCUACCUGGAGACCCAGCAGAAGAUCAACCACCUCCCGGUGGAGGCCCGGCAGGAGAUCCAGGAUGGACAGAUCAACAUUGCCAUGGCCUCAGCUAGCUCAGCCGCCGGGGUUGCAGGGAAGCCUUCGGCCCGGAAAGGUAGAGGCAAGCGGGGCAAGUGAGCGAUGAGGCUGGGGCAACCAACCUUAACGAAAGUGGCCAUGGCAGGUGGCCAGGGAGAGAGUGAGAGUUGCCUGUUGUGCAGAACAGGCGCCAGAGUCCACUGAAGGGUCAAUGACCCCUUUCCACAUCCUUUCCUACUCUGUUGCACUAGCCGUGGCCUUUGGAGGCCUGGAAGGCUCUUUCCCAGGUGAGCCACUCCUAGGCAAGCUAUUCUAAUUCCUUAUGGCUCGCUUGCUUAAUUUAACUCCUCCUUUGCCUCCUUUUUCUUGUCUCUGCUGCAUAGCUGGCCCCAGUUCUAGCUGUUUGCUUGGAGUUUGACUUUUUAAAAAAGAGCGACAACCAAAAAAGACAACAGAGACUCAGGUUUCCUUUAGAAUGAGUGUGAGGGAUGCAGCAUUUUGCCCUCUUCCAUAACCCGGUUGCUGGCCUCGACCUGGGUGCAGUCUUUGUCUGGAGCAUGGCUGAGUACGGCUGGAGGAGGAACAAGCGUGGCCUCCCCCUUUUGCCACAGAGCCUUUCUCCCAAGCUUAUUCCUUCUCCCCCCCCCCCCCCCCCCGGCAUGCUCUUCCAGAGUACAAGCAGUGCCUCAUGGGUUGCAUCCGCUUUCCCAGAGUACUUCCAACUCCCUGCCUUGAUACCUGACUAUGCAGUACAGGAGAAUGCAUGCAACCAACCCCCACCGGAAAAGCUGCUUUUGCAGCACGCACUUUGGAAUGGUGCCCUCAGGGGCAUGCUUUGCCCCCUCCCCUACUCUUCCACCACUCUGUUGUCCCAAGCAGUGCUUCCAUGCAGGGCUCCAAGCAUGCCAUUUCCAGGACAAACUCGCAUUUGAAUGCCUAGGCAGGGAAGGGGCACCACUUCUCUGAUCCCCUUGGCCCAUUGCUGAGGUCUGAAGUACCCUUUGCUUAAAGAAAAAGUCUCCGUGAAAAGAUCAGGAGCUCUUGGCAGAUGGUUAUAUAUAAAUCAGGACUGGUCCUUAGUCGAUCAGAGAAGCACAAUGUCAACAGAAAGACUCUAUUAACACUGAUUUCAGAAGCUUAAAAAUCUGAAAUGCCCAUUGCACAUCUGAGGGGAGAUGCCAAGAGCUGGCAGACCCUUUCCAGCACCUGUAGUUGGGAUAGAUGCCCUGUCUUCCACUUGCUCCUGGAGUGUGACCACCCUUGCACCUUCUUGUAGUUCAGGGGCCACUGUGAAUGGCCAGGGGCCUGACCUGCGUACUUUAGCUUGGCUUGGCUUGUAGCAUGCCCACAAUUCUUCCCUUUCCAAAAAAGAAAAAAGAAAAAGCCAUCCAUGUCUUCUUAAGGGAUGCUCUUUCCUAUGCCUAUCUUUGCUUGUUUGCUGGAGGAGCACUUUCUUUUUCUCAGUUGUGGUGUUCUCCUUGGCAAAGGUUCUACUCCCUCUCAUUGCCAUGAAAUAGGAGUGAAGUGAGUGCAAUAAUAUUUGGGGAAAUGUUCAUCCACAGAGAAGGUUUACAGUUCUUCGUAUUAUAAAUUCCAUGGUGUGGGGAAUGAAUUCAGGAGUCCCACCAAUUGUUUCUUGAAAAGGUUUUCCCUUCCUCAGGGAACUUUUUGGUUAGCAGGCUUGCAUGGGGACACCAUUGGAAGCCCAGUUCCACUUUGGCCCAGUUUAGGGGCUUGUUCUUGCGUUAACGUUUGGGUCAAGAUCUGGACUGGUUCUCAGGAAGUUUGUGCAUUUCCUCUGGAAUGUUUGUGUUUUCCGCGUAGUUUGCAGCCUGGAUCUUUUAGAAAUUGAGAAGAGUUCCUAGCCAUUGUAUGUGCAAGAGAGCUAGAUCUGCACACUGUUUCAGUCAGCCAAACUUUUUCUGAACUGGAAGCAGCCUUCUUUAUUGUCGGGUUGGACAGGAGUUUGGUUGACACUCGAAAGAUCCACAGAUGUGUCCUUUCUAAAAAGAUGUACUUUGCUGUAACACCUGCAACAAAACCCAUUAAACUGGAUAAACCAUA